UUCCCGAUGGGCCAACAGGCUCGACGAAGCCAAGCGGCUUGCUCGAGGUCGCCCUCCUGGGAAGUGGCAGAGCCCAUCCUAAAGCCCAGGACUGCCUCUUUGCAGUCACCGGGCAGCCCUAACCCUCGCUUGGGCGCAUUCUGGUGAAGCCUGCGUGGGGGGUCGUUACACACACACCCCCGGCCCAAUCCCCCCAUCGGUGGUGUGGUCUGGCUUGCCACGCUUGAUGCUGUCCUGCACAGCCCGGCUCGGGUUUGAGUGAGGUCGUAAGGAGGAAGUCCCCACCACCUCCCACUCAGGGUCUGAAAAGAGGGGAUAGACGAGACAGUCACGUUGAUACAACAUCAGGGCGUGUUGAAAGCAAAGUACGUUCAGUGAGAUUCUGUUAGCCUCAUUUAGCCUGUGGUUUCAUAGAUGUGGAAACAGGUUCAGAGACAUGAAGUAACUGCCCUUGGUUUACAGAGUUUGUAGGUGCAGUGAGGAUUUCAAUCUAUUUUUCUCUGCCUUCAAAACCUAUGUGUUUUAUAUGCUGCCAUGUUUUUGGUAUUGUUCUUUUUCAAUUUACUUAAAUGGUGGCUGCAUGGUGUAGACCAGUCAUUCAGGGAGCACAGGCCCCAGACCAGCAAGUCACUGUUAACUAAGAACAUGUUAAAAAUGAACAUUCUUGGGCUCCACCUCAGACCUACUAAGUUUGCAAGUUGGGGGGGGGGGGGGAGUCCAGCUUUCUGCAUUUUAACAUGUCCUCAGGUGAUUCUGAUACUCACAUUUGAGAACUUCUGGUGAUUCAUGCAGGGGUUAUGAUAAAGUGCAGAUUCUUUCUGCAGGUCUGGGGACAGACCAGAGAUUCUGCAUAUCCCUAACACGUGCCUGAGUGAUGCUGAGAGUUCCGGUCCACAGACCGUAUUUUGAGUAGCAAGGGUGUAAACGACAUUUAGAGCAGCAGUUCUCAAACUUGGAUGCACGUGAGAAUUAGUUGGGGAGCUUUGAAAAAGAGGAUACCUGGACCCCACCCCUGACCAAAUGAAUCAGAACCUCUGGGGUGUGGCAGCAGCCAACAGCCCUCGGUGUGGAAGAAUGGCCGUGAGCCACUCGGUGAAGGAGCGGACCAUCUCUGAGAACAGCCUGAUUAUCCUGCUGCAGGGCCUCCAGGGCCAGGUGACCACGGUGGACCUGCGCGACGAGAGCGUGGCCCGCGGACGCAUAGACAACGUGGACGCUUUCAUGAACAUCCGCCUGGUCAAUGUCACCUACACGGACCGCUGGGGGCAUCAGGUCGAGCUGGAUGACCUCUUCGUGACAGGCCGUAACGUCCGUUACGUCCACAUCCCGGAUGAUGUGAACAUCACGGCGACCAUUGAGCAACAGCUGCAGGCCAUCCACCGGGUGCGCAACUUUGGCGGCAAGGGCCAAGGCCGGCGGGAAUUUCCCUCCAAGAAGUAUAAAUGAGCCGGCUCGACAGCAAGCCCCCGUCCCCACUCAAGUUCCCCCGGGGUUCUGCCGAGCCAACCGCCUGCGCCGCCUCCCUGCCCAGAGCCCAGAGGGCGCGCGGGGCCAGCCCAGAAACGGGUGUCUCUGAGAGACACCCCUGUCACAGCUGCCUUUCGCAGGGUCCCAUCUCCUAGGCCCCCCCUGGGAUCCUGUCUCUCUGCCUGUGGCCUUGAGGCAGGGGACAUUGAUCACCUUGUGAUGAUUUGCAUCAGAAUCUGAUUUACUGAUUUAGGGAAUCUGCCAAGUAGUUUCCAACCCUCUCCCAGUGAGAGUUACCAAGUGUACUUAGCCUGGGCCACCCCUCAGUGUUCCGGUUUCCCACAGUUGUUUUUCUUUCUCAUAAAACUUGGAUGCAAACAAGUC